AUGAAAAGUGCUGAUGUUAGUGCCAGUACUCUAAUAGCAACACCACCUGGAACUCCAACAACUAAUCCAACAACUACUACAACUACAUCAACCCCAACAACUCCUGUUUUAAGAGGGUCUGUUUCAACUCCAAAAACUAAAGUUGAAGAUGAAACAGAAAUUAUAAGAUCAAUGUGGGAAACUCCUGCAAUUUAUCAAUAUUUAACAUUUUUUAAACAAACAUUAGGUGUCAGAGUUAUAUCAACUGAUGAUUUAGAAAGUUCUUUAUUAAAUCCAAAAAAUAAUAUAAAACUUUUAGGUGAUAUUUUCAUACCUUUAUUAAAAGAAUUAUUACCAGUUACAAAAGCAAGAACUUUAAAUCAUACAACGUGGGAAUUAUUUUUAAAACAAGAAUUAAAUAAAGAGAAUAGUUUUUUCAAUUGUUUUGAAGAGAAUCCAUUCAAUGAAGAUAGUUCACUCUUUUCUGAAGUUUCAUUAAAGAAUAGAAUUUUAUUAUUAAAAUCAGUUUGUGAUUGGAAUUUAUCAAAAUCUCCAAAUAUUUUAGAGAGUGUUAAACAAAUCAUAGCUGCUGAUGAAACUGAUAAAUUGAGAAAUUUACCAAUGGGUAUUUUAAAUGAUCAAAAAGAAUUUUAUUGGUAUUUUGGUGAUCAUAGACUUUAUAAAGAAACUUUAACAAUGCCAGCAGGUUCAAAUGGUAUUAAAAAGAGAUCAAAAAAUAAUAAUAACAAUGGUAAUAUAAUUGAUGAAAAAGGUAAAUGGGAAAUUAUUUGUCAAACUAAAGAAGAAUGGGAAGAAUUAAUUAAAAAAUAUGAACCAUUUCAUGAGGAAAUCAAUAAAAAUGGUGAAGUUGAAGAGGUUAAAGAAGAAUCUGAUGAAAAAACGUUAUGUAUAAAUUUAAAGGAUGUAUUACCACAAGUUUUGAGUAAACUAUCAUCAAUAAAGAGAAAGAGAACUAUGUUUACUCAAGUUCCAAUCGGUAGUUCACCAAUUGAUAUGAAUGAAUCAAAACAAUGGAAAUCAAUGCGUUUAUUAUCUCAAAAUCUUAAAAAGAAAGAACAAGAAGAGUUUAUGGAAAUUCAACAACAUCAACAACAACAAUUAGAAGCUGAUCCUUACAAUAGACCAAGAUCAAGUAGAGUUAGAACAAAUUUAUUUUUUAAUGAUAGUGGUGUUUUAAAUGGUGGUGGUGGUAUUGGUGGUGGUGAUGGUGAUAAUGAUGAUAAUGAUAAUGAUGAUGAAGAUGACGAUGAUGACGGUGGUGAUAACAUUUAUAACAAUGGCAGAGCUUCUAAAAGUAACAGGUAUAAUAAAUCAAUUGAACCAACAGUUCAUCUAAGUAGAAGUGGUAGAAGAAUUAUAACUGCAGGUCUUGAUCAACAAGGUAGACCAGUUUCAGCAAAUCAAUUAUCUGUAGACACAAAAAAAAAAUUAAUUAAUGAUUUUAAUGAUCAUGAAAAUGUAAAUAAUAAUAAUAAUAAUGGUAAUGGUGAUGGAAAUGAUAAUUUAAAUUCAAGUAUAAAUAAUGAAGAAAAUAAAGAAGAAGAAGAAGAAGAAAAACCUCAAAAUCAAAAUCAAGAUAAAAUUCAAAAUGAUGAAGGUGAAAUGGAAUUCGUUUCUAUUGAUUCACCAAAAAAAGAAGAUAAUAAGAUAAAUGAAAAUGAUCGAAGUGAUGUUUUACCAAAAACUGGAAUCCAAAAUCAAAUAAAUUAA